AUGUCUAUGCCAUGCAUUGAUCCCCUGCCUGAAGGCUGGGAAAUGCGUCUUGAUGAUACGACAAAGACAUAUUACUUCAUUAAUCAUAACGAUCGCUCAACUCAAUGGCAUCAUCCAGUGAGUCGUCUAGUUUACCGUCCAACAUUGGGAGGAGCUCGAGCUGAUGGACCACCAGCAAAUGGGCACAUGGGCAAAAGAAUUACGAUUGAACGGGCUCCGGUCGUAACUAAUAUUAGCGAAAGAGUUAAUCCACACCAGGCUAAUUAUUCGACGCCUACAACAAUUGAACCGUAUUCGGAAUUUCCUCAAAUCCACGCCGUCAUGACGAAGGCAAAACCCCUAACAGAGGAAGUCAAUCGGUUUCAAGGAUCUCCUGGUGACAAAGAUUAUAUACGGCUGAAUGAGAGUUUGGAGUUACUAAUCCUUGAGUUGGACGGCAUUGGCGUUGACGGUCAGGAAGAUUUGCGCAGUGCUCGUCGCGCAGCCGUCCGCGAACUCCAGCAAGUUCUUGAAAUGCUGGAGUUUCGAGGCUCCAUGUCCGGAGAUGCUGGCGGCACCAGCCACAGCAAAGACAACAACAACAGUGACGAGAACAAGGCCGAGGUGCAAGCCGACAGGACCGAGAACGAGGACGGUGAAGGCGCGUCUAAGGAGCAGGCAUAG